UGAGGCCCAUGCGGUAAAUGUAAAUUUUAUUCAUAGGUUAAAGUGUUGCACUUUUAUUGCCUACGAACAAAUCUUUUUUAGUAUCCCAAAACUUGACUUUAGUUUCCACUUGAAACUUGUAUACAUCGGAUUAGUAGAGUUUUCUCUAAUAAAGUCAGAUGUCGCUAUCGUCGUCUUUGAAAUUUCUUCUAUGGGCCUUCUUUUUGGGCCUAUUCCAGUUGGAAGCCCACGCAUUUUUCAAUCCUUUUCAACUGGCUAUACCUUCAGGUCUUUUAGAAGAUGCACAGUUGAAUACGAUUCAAUUGAUUUCCAAAUAUGGAUACCCGGCGGAGAAUUACACAGUGCAGAGUGACGAUGGGUACUUACUGGGACUCUUCAGGAUCGCACGUCCUGGAGCACUUCCUGUGCUGCUGGUCCACGGACUCCUGGACAGUUCCGACACCUGGGUAAUGAUGGGUCCUGCCAGUUCCCUAGGAUACAUGCUGUACGAGCAGGGCUACGACGUCUGGAUGGCCAAUGUGCGGGGUAACACCUAUUCGAAACGCCAUGUUCGCUACUCCGCCGAAGACUCUGAUUUCUGGAACUUUUCGUUCCAUGAGAUGGGCGUUUUCGAUCUGCCUGCCAUCAUUGAUUUCGUAAUGAUGCAAUCUGGAUUCGGUCAGUUGCACUACAUUGGCCACUCCCAGGGAUCCACUAUCUUCUGGAUUUUGGCCAGCGAAAGACCGAAGUACAUGGAAAAGAUCGUUAUGAUGCAGGCUUUGGCUCCAGUGGCCUUCCUGACCCAUUGCCGUAGUCCCAUUGUGAAUUUGGUGGCCUCCCAGGAUACUGCAGUUCCCUACUUCCUUAGCGCGGCUGGCUACAAUGAGUUCCUGACCAGCAACAGUGUGAUUGACAAGUUCAAGCGUUAUGCCUGCCGGGAUAUCAUUUCCAGCAGGGUCUGCCAGAGUCUGUUCAUCACUCUUUUCGGAUUCGACGGCCAGCAAGUGAACCAAACGAUGUUGCCGAUAGUGGUGGGUCACACUCCGGCCGGAGCAUCCAUCAGGCAGAUGCACCACUACGGACAGCUGAGGAACUCUGGGAAAUUCCAGCAGUUCGACUACGGACUGUUGAACUUCCUGCAUUAUGGCAGCCUAUCCCCACCGCCUUAUGAACUGGAGAAAGUCAAGGCCAAGGUGGCAAUCUAUUAUGCCAAAAACGAUUGGUUGGUUCCGCCGGAGGAUGUGGACAUGCUGUUCAACAGGUUGCCCAAUGUGGUGGAAAAGUAUCUCGUUCCGAAUGAAAACUUUAACCACUUCGAUCUGGUCUGGGGCAGAGAUGCAAAGAGAAUUCUGUGGUAUCGAAUGCUUAGAGUUAUGCAAUCAGUUGUUCCAUACUCCUUCCAUAAUGAUAUCGAUAGUAUCACCACUGUGUUUGUAAAUCGAUUCUAAUCAAUGUUUUCAAAUGUAAAUGAAAUGAAUUUUACAAAAACUAUCAAAUAAAAGCAUUCGUCUUUGUAUCUAAA